CAUAGAUAUAGAUACUAUAUAGAAUAAUAAAUUACUAUUCAAAUGUCUGCGAUGACAAUGGGCACAAAUCUGAGCAGACUCCAAAUGAAAAGCAAAGCUCCCCAAGUAGUUGAGGAAAUUGAGGGCCUCAUUAAGGUAUACAACGACGGCCACGUGGAGCGCCCCGAAAUCGUGCCAAAUGUCGGGUGCUCAUUGGCCCCUGACCUCGGGGUCACUUGCCGCGAGGCGAUCAUCGACCAGUACACCCAUCUCUGGGCACGCAUCUACGUCCCAACCGCCGCCAACAAACUGCCCUUGCUCCUCUACUUCCACGGCGGCGGAUUCUGCGUCGGCUCCGCAUCCUGGAGCUGCUACCACGAACUUCUCCCCAAGCUCGCCGCCAGAGCCGCCUGCGCCGUUGUCUCCGUCAACUACAGGCUGGCGCCGGAGCACCCCCUCCCCGCCGCCUACGACGACGGCGUCAAGGCGGCGGUCUGGGCCAAGCAGCAGGAGUUCGCCGGCGAGUGGUGGGCCGGAAGAUGCGAUUUCUCUCGAUUCUUCCUCGGCGGCGACAGCGCCGGCGCGAACAUCGCUUAUAAUGUGGGGCUGAGGGCGAAUUCAGCCGGCGUCGGAGUCAGGGGUUUGGUGUUGAUACAGCCGUUUUUCGGCGGCGAGGCGCGGACGCGGUCGGAGAUGUGCGCGGCGCGGCCGGCGGCGGCGCUGACAGUGGCGGCGUCGGACGCGUACUGGCGGAUGGCGCUGCCGGCGGGGGCGGGGCGCGACCACCCGUGGUGCAGUGCGGCGGGAUCGGCGGGGGAGAUGCGGCAGGCGGGGGCGGCGGUGUUGGUUUGCGUGGCGGAGGCGGAUAUAUUGAGGGAUCGGAAUUUGGAAUUUUGCGGCGGAUUGGCGAGGGAAGGGGUGAGGGUGGAGCAAGUGGUGAGUAAAGGCGUUGGGCAUGCUUUUCAGAUUCUGAAUAAGUCGCAAUUGGCUCAAACGCGACUUCAUGAGUUGUUGUCGCAUGUAAAGAAUUUUGUGGGUAGAUGAUCAUGAGUGGAAUUUCUAGGCCUCUCACCUUUUUUUAUGACUUGUUUGUAAUUGGUGUUAGAAUUAGAGAAUAUUGAGAAGCCUUUUACAAACAGUAGAUAUAUGGGAGACAAUAUGUUUAAAAAAAAAAUCAGACAUGACUAUCCGUUCCUACCACAAACAGGCAGAUAGUCCGAUUCGAUUCACCAUUUAAAAUCACCGUUAUGUUACUGAUGUGAACCACUGAACCGGACCGUUGGAGGGCAGAAAACUUAUCAUUUUUGCAAA